AUGGCUCCUCUCAGCGCACUCAAUUUACUAGUCUUGCACAAACGCAUUCCAGAGCCCAUACCAGAGCCUUCGACACGGACAUCACCACCAACACGAUCCAGCUUAUCAACGGAAGGCGGCUUCUUGGAAGCUUGGGCGCAAGGUUACAACGUGGGAAGCCUUGUCAUAUUGAUCUUGAUUGUCUUUUGCAACUAUCGAUCUGGCAUAUGGCUGCACAAGCUGAUUCUUCUUGAGCUUGUUCUCGCUCUCUGGCACGGUACUUUCAUAUUCGUCGAAGACCCAUACUACGGAUGGUACUUAUCAGCAACGGCAACCCUGCUCUUCAUUUCGUACUUCCUCCACAACGUCGUUGCCUGGCUGAAAAUUCGACCGUUCCUUCCACAGUGGGGCUCACGUCUCUUCAUCAUCUCGCUCCUCUGUGUUCAGCCAUUCUGGAUCGCCGAGGCCUGGUCCAACUUCUCUUACUUCAAUAGCCUAGGCUCGGAUGCUAAUGUCCGCAUGCGCCCAUGGGAGGCCCUCGUUCGCGACCCGUGGUGGAUCUUCACCACCUGGAAGUUGAUCGAUGCAAUCAAGAAGACAUAUGGCUUCAAGAUAUGUGCUCUCAUUCGCAUCAAUUCUAGGUUCGGCAUUAUGUUACUCUGCAUGUUUUUUUCUAUAGCUUUCCUUCUCACCGACGCCGCCGUCUCCGCCGCACGUGUGACAGCCAGCAGCGGCAUCAACCCGUACUGGCGCUUCGCCUUAGUCUUCAAGUGCGCCUCCGACACCAUCUUCCUUGACGACUUCAAGUCUGUCCUUGACGAAAUCGUUCACCGCAAGUUCAGCUCUGCAAACGGCACCGUAGGCCGUGGGCCAAACGUCGGCUUGAGUAGCAGCCACGAUGUCCGAAAGCGCUCGCACUCGUCUCGUGGCGAUGAGUUCAUCGAAUGUACCUCUCUUGAACAGCCGCCAAGCCUGCCAAAAGUUUCAACCAUGGAACCGAGCGCGAUCAAGUCACGAUUUCUGAACCCAUUUGCCGCGAAGAAGAAUAGGACUAACGUCCCAGAAAUACAUGUGGGGCAAGAGAUGUCUGUCACGUUACAACCCAGGCAGGCAAGCCACGACAGUUGGAACAGCGAGAGCCCUAUGCUACCAAAGCCGGCGCACACUGCGUAUGGCAAUGAGAGUCUGGGCGUCAGCGAGAGUGACGGAAGUUCGUUGAUGGGAAGACAUGUAUGA